AUGUCGUCAACAAACCAAAAUAAUGAAGAAAAUGAUGAUGAUAUUGAUAAUGAUACACUCAUCUCAGAUGUUGACUUUUAUAAUGAUCAAGAAGAACAACAACAACAACAACAACAAAUACUUUAUCAACAACAAUUAGAAUUAAAGAAUAAUGACGAAAAUAUGAAUGUUCAACAAGAAUUGGAAUAUCUUAGAUUUGUAGUAGAAUCAUUAACAAAUAGAAUUCAACAAAUGGAAUCAAAUAUUGAUCAAAAUGCAGUGACAUUUCCACAUUUACAACAAGGUCAAUCAUUGGAUCAAUUUUCAGAGACUGUUGCUAAAGUGAUUGCAGAUGCAUCACCUUUUCUUUUAUGGAUGUCUGGUGUCGAUGGCAAAGCAAUCUAUUUUAACAAGAAAUGGUACGAGUUUACAGGUCGAUCGGUAGAAGAGGAAUUGGGCGAUGGUUGGACUGAAAUUGUACAUCGAGAAGACUUGGUACGAAUAUUCUCCAUCUAUAUGGAAGCAUUCCACAAUCGUACUUCAUUUAAACUUGAAUAUCGUGCCAUGCGUCACGAUGGAGUCUAUAGAUGGUUGAUUGAUACUGGAUGUCCACGUUUUUCACCUGAUCAAAAAUUCCUUGGUUAUGUUGGUUCUUGUUUAGAUGUUACUGAUAUGUGGCAUUCAAAACAUGAAACUAUUACUGUUAAAAAACAAUUAGAAUCAUUAUUAAAAUGUUCAGAAUAUUUAUUAAAUAAUCCAGGAAGUUCUUCUUCUACUUCUUCUUCUUCUUCUUUUUCAAAUGCAAAUAGAUUAAUAUUUUUUAAAUCUAUAUUAAAAUCGUUGACUUAUUCAUUUCUUUCAAAUGGAUCGAUAAUAUUUUUGGUGGAUUCAAACAAUCCUUGUUUACUGCGUAUUGGUCAAAAACACAAUGUAAACAUUGAUCAAGAUUAUACCAUACAAUUACCUGAAAGAUUUUGGCAACAAUGUAUAGAAACUAUGCAACCACAAACACCAGAACAACAAUUACAUCAAAAACAACAAGAUUCUAUCCAUCAUGCGGCGGCAGCUGAUCCACCAAUCGAUCCAGUUCAAAUGGAACGUCGUGACUUUUACGAAGACAUCCCAUCAUCCCCUCUAGAACAAUACCCACUCUCUGAAAUGUUUAAAAGAAUCGAUCAAGCAAAUAAUAUGGUCUACCUACAACCAAACAUUUAUUCAAUGCUCUAUCAAAAUUAUAUAUCACCUUUGAUGAUUCGUUUAGGAAUGAAAAGUGUAACAACUGAAUUUAUUCCUCAUUUUGGUAAUUAUGAUAGUAGUAUUCCAUAUGGCUUUAUUACGAUUGGAACGGUUGCUCAAAGACAAUUUUCAGCAAUUGAACAAAAUACUCUAAAAGUAAUGUCAAAUAUAGCCUCUGGUUUUGUUUAUCGUCAAACUAUUCAAGCUGAAAGUUUAUCAAAAUCAUUAAUUCUAGAUGAAUUAAAAGUAAAAGAGGAAAAAUCAAUCAUCUUGACAAAUCAUAAUGGUUUUAUUUUAGAAUCUUUUAAUCAAGAUAAUAAUAUAAUUGGAAUGGAUAUAUUAGAGGUAUUUUCUAAAUUGGGUGAUUUAAAACAAUCUAGUUUUAUAAAAUCUUUUCCUCAAUUUAUAAAAACUUUAAAUAUACAACAAAUAGUAGAACAAGUUGGUGAUGGUUUGAUUGAUAUUAAAGAAUUACCAAAUCAAACUUUUUUAUUUUUAUUUAAUCAAUAUAAUAAUCAACAACAACAACAACAAAUGACUGGAAUAGAAAAUAAUAAUAAUAAUAAUUGUAGAAACAUUUAUCAUCAAGAACCCUCUUAUAGAUGGUACCUUGGAUGCUCUGGUUCAGCGAGCCAUCAAACCCAAGGUUUCAUGAUGACAAGUGUGACAUCAUCUUUGAAACCUACCUCCUCUUAUAAAACUAAAAAUAAAGUGAUUAGUGUUUAUAAUCUUCUAAAAAAGAAUCUCUAA